UUAUGCGUAAAGUUUCCAAAUUAAUUGUGCAAGUAAAUUAUAGUUAGCGAAAUGGACCACGCCAUAACGCCGGAACCGCACUUGGUGCCAGGGUACACGGGUCAUUGUGCUCAGAAUCGGGACAGAGUGGGUCGAACUUAUGGCCGGCAAACCCACAAGCUGCUAAUAGAUCCCUGUAUUUACCAUGCCCCGGAGCUAAUUGUGGCCUCCAUUCAUGCCAAGCAUGGUCUGAAGGAUUAUCCCACGGAUCAAGAGCUGAAGAUCCUGCGUACUCGUGAGGGGCUGGUGGACUCCGUUUACAGGCAUCCCAUUCUACCCGGCUACGCUGGCUUUGUGCCGAACAAAGUGAGUCAGAUUGGCAAGCGUUAUGUGGCCGCCGCAUCCGCGGGAGUGGCCCGGCACGAGACCCUGAUGGAGCUGUACCGCUGCGAGAAACGGACGCUGAGGCACCGGGAUCUUCUGGAGAGUGGAAACGGUCUGUUCGACCGCAAGAUCAACGAGAGACUUCUGCCGCAGACCUACUACAGGUCGCCUCUGAUUCCGGUCACCGGAGUGUCCAAGGGCAUCAAGGAUGAGUCGUGUCCGCCGAGGGUAGAAAAGCUUUGCUACAGCAAGUUCACGUCUCCGCAUUUCCUGGAGGACGAGGACGCGGACAAGUUCAUCAUCAACGGCUACGCCGGUCACAUUCCCAUGUCGGUGACCCGGUUCGGCGAGUCCAACAAGGUGCUCACCCGGCGGGCGCUCUGCAGCUUCUCCGACUACAUGUACAAGAAGAAGCGGGACACGUGGUGCUGUGGCCAGGACCUCAGCCGGCCUGCCAUCACCUGUCCGCCCGUGGAGCACUUUAUCGUCUACCACAAGGACGACGGGAUGGUGCCCAGCUAUGCGGGCCAUGUUCCCGGAGAGACCUACAAGUUCGGCCGGACCUAUGCCAAGACCACCUACGACGCCAAGCGCUGGCUGGAGGUGCACAAGAAUCUCACCGUGCUGCCGGAGGUGGCCAACCUGGACUACGCCUACUGAGGAACCCCACAUUCGGGUAUUCCCC